AUGCAUAAAGAUUUUGAAAAAAAAUUUCCUCUUGACAGCGCAGCGCGUAAAAAUAAGCUCCAAGCGUAUCUCCUGUCUUAUAAAAAUGGUACAACUAUGUUAGUACAAAAUAUGAGUGGGCAAGAAAAGUCAAUAGAAACAGCAUUGCGUGUUUGCUGGGCGUUAAAUAAACACCAAAAACCAUUUACAGACUCAGAAAUUGUAAAAGAGUGUAUGUUGGAAAUAGUCACUGCACUUUUUGAAGAAAAAAAGGACAUACUUAAUGCUAUUCAAAGUAUUCCUCUAUCAGCAAGAAGCAAUACAAGAAGAACAGAACUAUUAGCCGAUGACAACAAAAAUAAUUUAAUUCACAUUUUACAGAUGGCUCCUUGCUACGCUAUUGCAAUUGAUGAUUCAUGUGAUAUUGUUGAUUCUGAGUAG